GCAUGGCGGAGCCCACCGUGUGCUCCUUCCUCACCAAGGUGCUGUGCGCCCACGGCGGCCGCAUGCUCCUGCGGGACCUGCGCGCCCACGUGGAGCUCUCGGAGGCCAGGCUGCGGGACGUGCUGCGCCAGGCCGGGCCCGACCGCUUCCUGCUGCAGGAGGUGGCGGUGCGGGACGGCGUCUGGGACGCCGAGGCCGAGGUGGCGGCCGGCGCGGCGGGCGCGGGUGGCGGCGGCGGCCCCUCGGCCUGGAGGGUGGUGGCCGUGUCCUCCGCGCGCCUCUGCGCCCGCUACCAGCGCGGCGAGUGCCAGGCCUGCGACCAGCUGCACUUCUGCCGUCGUCACAUGCAGGGCAAGUGCCCGAACCGCGACUGCUGGUCUACCUGCACUCUCUCCCAUGACAUCCACACGCCUGUCAACAUCCAAGUCCUGAAAAACCACGGGCUUUUUGGCCUCAAUGAGGCCCAGCUUCGGAUUCUGCUUCUACAGAAUGACCCCUGCCUUUUACCAGAGGUCUGUUUGUGCUACAACAAAGGUGAAGCCCUGUAUGGUUACUGCAUCCUCAAGGACAAAUGCAACAAGUUUCACGUGUGCAAGUCUUUUGUCAGAGGAGAGUGCAGGCUUCAGAAAUGCAAACGGUCCCAUCAGCUCAUUCAUGCGACAUCCCUGAAGCUACUGCAGGACCAAGGACUGAAUAUUCCCAGUGUCGUUAAUUUCCAGAUCAUCUCUACCUACAGGCACGAGAAGCUGCAUAAAAUGCUUGAAAAUAAAGAUAAUUCAGCUUCUGCUGAGCAUUCACAGGGCCUUGAGAAGCAAGGAGGGCCCGUUCCUGGGGCCGCAGAAGCCCGUCCCCUGGUGUCUGUCCCUGCCCAGUCGGCCAAGAAGCCAUGCACAGUUGAUCUUUUGGAAUCCAGACGCUCAUCAUAUUGCUUUUUCCUGCCCUCGCCUUUAUCGGUCCCUGUCACGUAGAGUAGGAGUCAUAACCUGAGACAGCUCCCGGGACCCCCAGGAAGGCUUCCUGUGCUGAUCUCACCCUAGUGCAUGUCCAAGUUCCACCACUUUCUUGCAGACAGC